UGAAUAUUUAGGUUGGAGUUUUUCAUCGAAAAUCCAGAAAAUAAAAUAAAAGCAUUUGAUAUUUAUUUAGAUUCUUAGCUUUUUUUCUGAAUCGAAGAAUACACACAUAGAGUCUGUCCGAGUCUGAGAUUCCAUUUCUGAAAGCUCAACAUUGAGUUACCUAUCAAUCAAUCAAUCUCCAACCUUUUCGAUUCACUCUCUCUUAUCCUUCCAAAUCCAAACCCCCUCUCUUUCUCUCACUUCUUUCAUUGCCCCCAUUCCCAACAAACUAUGUUCUCUGUCAGGGAUUUUUGGAGGCGGCAUAGGAGGAAGAUUUUCAUUUCUGUCGGUGUUAUAGGAGGUGGCUAUUGUCUGUAUAACCUCUAUGGUGUUCAUAGGCAAAAACUCGAUGGCCUUGAGAGGGAACUUCAAGUCCAGAGAGAAACUGAGGAGCGUAUGAAGGAUCAGAUGCAAGCUCACUUUGUGAAUAUUCAGAGAAUUUCGGAUACGAUUACAUUACCUCAUUCUAUGCACAACCUAAGUUGCCGUAUAUCAGAAGAGUUGGAUCUUUCUCACCUUCUUGAGAGGUUAAUGCAGGGAAAGGGUCAGCCUAAUGCUUUAACGCAAUCAGAGAAACUAGAUUUAUGGGCUAGACUCAAGAUUUUAAGUUUCACGAGAAUGGCUUUGUCUGUUUGGGCAACAGUAAUGCUUAGCUUGUAUACAAAAGUUCAAGUCAAUAUACUAGGAAGGCAUCUAUACAUUGAUACUGCACGAAGCUUUGAAAGCUCUUAUUUAACGGAAAGUGGAGAUGUGGUUGAUGGGGAGGGUCAGCAGAAAUUUCUGGGAAGUGUUGAUUUUCUCUCUCAACAUGGUAUGCCUGCCUUGAUUUCGGACAUGGAGGCAGCUACAAAAGAAGUUCUCAAAGGAAAGCAGUUGACUAGUCUCUUCAACAAUACAGCGUUUCAAGAAACCAUCACACAGAUACUGAACACUUUCAUGAGCAGAGGAAGUCCACUUUUCUGGGUAAAAUAUAUGAUACCUGAGGAUGAUAAAUUACGUUCCACGACCUCUGGGAGUAAUGACGUAGUUCCAUUUUAUAUGACUGAAUUUGAACAACUCAUGAUGGAAGCAAAUGCAGUAUUAUCAAGUGCUGAAUUUGGGAGCGUUAUAGAUAUAUCUCUGAAAGCUGUGGUGGAUACACUGGCCGAGCAGAUGGGGACUACAAGCGUGCCAUUGGCGAGAGCAUUGCCCCAAGUUGCGCAGAUGUGUCCUUUGCUCCUCGAAGAACCCAGUAAAAAUCAGUUCAUCCAAAUCAUUAAUAAAAUACCAGAGGUUGAACUUUUUCUCACUUUCCUCUAUGCAAACAUGCCAAAUGCAGAGAGCAUAGUUCAGAGUGAUUAGUAUUUUUAUGUUUCAAAUGAAAGCAAUCAAAAAGUUCAAAUUCAUUACACAAAAGGCGUAAGACAAUGUACAAAAGUUUAAUCGAGGUUCGAAAGAGAUAGUAAUAGGUAAAUUGUUAGCCUUCAUAUUUUAUAAUAUGGCAUUUCCCUUUUGGUGUAAUAUUAUUCAAUAGUCAGUGUUUCAUAAUACUCCUCCCUUUGGCUUUAACUUGGCAUUUGGAGGAGCCAGGUUCAGUUAGGACUAGUUUUGCUGGAAAGGGAAAAUGACUUUUUUUUAAUCAUCUCUUCUAUAACUUUUGUUUGUCAAAUUGGUCUUUCAAAUGCUCUAACAAUGCCAAUGUUUGUUCUUGUCAUAA